CAGCAAGAGGGAGAAGCAGAGGCUGAAAGACGGCAACCGGGACCACCAUCACUGCUACUACUACCACAGCCAGCACCGACACUGCUGCCGCCGCCGCCGCCUUCGCCGCUGCCGCUGCCGCCCUGGCUGCCCCCCGCCACCGCGAUGGGAACUCCGCAUCAGUCGCUCCAACCGCCGCUGUGUCCGUGGGCCAUGUCGUGAUCCGUGGACUCCGCCAGCGGGUUUUCUAUCCGUGAUCCCGACCGAGGCGAGGAGGAGGAGGAGGAGGAGGAGGAGGGAGGGAGGAGAGGAAGGUGGUGGGGAAGAUGUUCGCCUCGGUGGGCCCUCGGGGCGGCCCGCGCCCACCCGUCGCCCCGGCCAUCCCGGAACCGGACCUGAGCCAUCUGACAGAGGAUGAGAGGAAGAUCAUCAUGGCUGUGCUGGCUCGGCAACGGGAGGAGGAGGCGAAGGAGGAGGCCAUGUUAAAAGAAGAGAAGCCUAUCCAAGCAAGAACGGUGAACCUGGUCGGGCAGAAGAAACCUCCACAGCAAAAUGAUGUCCGGGGCAUCCAGCAGCAGUUGUCCAGCUACAGGGAGACGGUGAUCCGGCAGGCCUCGGUGGCGGCGGGUUCGGCUGUUCACCGGGACGACGCGCCAACCUGCGGCAUCUGCCACAAGACAAAGUUUGCAGAUGGCUGUGGGAACCUGUGCUCGUACUGCCAGACCAAGUUCUGCGCCCGCUGUGGGGGACGAGUGUCGCUGAGAUCCAACACGCAAGACAAAGUGGUGAUCUGGGUGUGUAAUAACUGCCGGAAGCAGCAGGAGAUCCUCACCAAGCCGGGCGACUGGUUCACGAGUUCGCCGGGAAACCCCGCUGGCCUUGGAUCAGCUGUCAGCGAGCCGUCCGUGUGCCAAACGUCUGGGGAUAAGAAGCUCCGAUCGCGCUCCCAAGCCCCCUCAGACUCCACCACAGCAAACCAAGACCCCAACCGACCAAACGCACCCGGGACCACACCUGGCGCCGAUGCAAGGUCACGUAGCGAACCACCGCGAGACACGAGAAAUGGACGUGGAGGUGCAGGAGCUGGUCGGGGAGAUCGGCGGCCAGGACAGCCCAGGCUUCAGACCCAGGUCUCAAUGGAUCGGGACCUCCGUGGGGAGUCCAGGGAGCGCAGAGAAAGCCGGCGACUGACUAAGGGACGCUCUCUGGAGCAUGACCCUGUGGGAGGAAGUGGCGGAGUAAGGCGGACAGAAGAGGGGGGCUCCCGCCGUGUGGACCACAACGGUGCCACCCCUUGCCAAGCAGGGCUGGUCCCUCCUGGAGGCCGGGGACACCCUGUGCCCAUGCAGGGUCAUGGCGUGGGCAUAGUAGGGGAGCUUGGGGAUGGUGUUCGGCCUGGUCAAAGGACGGUGGGUGGGGUUGGUGGGCCGCACGAACACACCCUGGCUCAGCGAGCCCCUCCCCCUGAACUUAGAGAGCCUUCUGUCUCGGGACCUGGCUCGGCCCUCGACCAGGGACCUGGGGUGAGGCGGACCAAACGGGAGAAGGCUGAGAGCAUGCUGCGCAACGACUCACUAAGCUCUGACCAAUCAGAAUCUCUGCGCCCACCACCGCCAAGGCCCUACAAGUCGAAACGAGGGCUGGGGGCUGGAGGGAAGAGACAAACCAGCGUUAGCAGUUCGGAAGAGGAAGGGGGGACCACGCCAGAGUACAGCAGCUGUGAGGAUGCUGAGAUUGAAAGUGUCAGCGAGAGAGGUGACUGGGAGUGCUACCCACAUGACCCCACUGUGUGGCAUCAUCCUGUAACCUGGCAGCCAUCUAAGGAGGGAGACCAUCUGAUUGGACGAAUCACCCUCAGCAAGAGGAGCGCCACAAUGCCAAAAGAAGCUGGAGCUCUGCUGGGGUUAAAGGUGGUGGGAGGCAGAAUAACAGAGUCAGGGAGAUUAGGUGCCUUCAUCACUAAAGUCAAGAAGGGAAGUCUGGCUGAUGUGGUGGGACAUCUCAGAGCAGGGGAUGAGGUUUUGCAGUGGAACGGGAAGCUGUUACCAGGAGCGACUAUGAAGGAAGUUUACAACAUCAUCCUCGAGUCUCAAGCUGAGCCCCAAGUGGAGCUGGUGGUAUCCAGGCCUAUUGGGGUGUGUAGAAAAUAUCAUGAUAUCCCAAGAAUCCCCGACACGUCCCACCCUCCGUUAGAAUCUACAGGUUCCAGUUCUUUUGAGUCACAGAAGAUGGAGAGACCGUCCUUAAAUGUACUAUCUCCCUCCAGUCCCGGGAUGCUCCAGGACGCUCCACAGUUAAUGCCAGGGCAACUCUCAGUGAAGCUGUGGUAUGAUAAAGUCGGUCACCAGCUAAUCGUCAACGUGCUGCAGGCUGUAGAGCUUCCACUUCGUCCUGACGGGCGGCCCCGGAGCCCCUACAUCAAAAUGUACUUCCUCCCUGAUCGCAGUGACAAGAGCAAACGAAGGACAAAAGCAGUGAAGAGGACGUGCGAGCCCAAGUGGAACCAGACGUUCGUCUACACUCAUGUCCAUCGCAGGGAUUUCCGCAACCACAUGCUGGAGCUGACUGUGUGGGACCAACCAAGGUCUCCAGAGGAAGACAGCACCUUUAUGGGAGAGAUCCUAAUAGAGCUGGAGACGGCCUUACUGGACGAUAAGCCUCACUGGUAUCCACUCCAAACCCAUGAUGUCUCAUCCAUACCGCUGCCCAGACCCUCCCCGUUCCUGCAACGACGACACACAGAGCCCCCUGGCAAGAAGCUGCAGCCAGCAGAUGGGCGUGGAAGGGAGAGGCAACGGGAGCCUACAUCUACUCUGGAGGUGCCAGAGCAGCAGAGGACGCCCACCCAUCACAUACGAUCCCGCUCGGUCUCCCCACACCGUGAGGAGCAGGGGCGAAUCCGGUCACGGCCACCCAACGUUCCCACCCAGAGGAGUUUGGAUGAUGAGCUUCCUCACUCUCGUUGUUCUCGUUCUCCAACUCGCUACUAUGACGCUGCCAGAGGUCGCCAUGGGGAGGAGGAGUACCUGGAUGACAGUGAGAUCUUCAUGAUCCACCACUCAAUGCGAGGCAAAAGUGCCGAGUGCCUCCACACCAGGAGGUCUUCUAAGCACAAUAACACACUGCCCCCUAAGAUGCCACUUUUGUUCAACGGCAUCAACAAGCGCUCAGACAGUUCCACGCUGCCUGCAUGUCGCAAGAUGAGCUCUGUCAGGGGACCGCAAAUAGUCAUGGCAACACACCAUUCCAUCACACACCGAGUUGUAAUGUUCACAGAUGAGGUGACAGUUAGUGAUCUUCAGCCUUCUCUGGACAGAGUUAGGAGUGCUAGCGCCAACUGUCUGACUCCAGACAAUCAUGCCCCCUCACCAGAGACUGAAAGAAAAUCUUUGUCCCGUUCCCUGCCCCGAAGACGCCCGGCAAGUCCCAGGAUUCUUAUUCAACAUGCUUCCCCAGAAGAUGACAGACAGCCUCGGACCCUGGAAACACCUGAAUGUCAGACUCAUGGCAGGAAGCUCUCUGGCAGUGGCAGGGGCCACCUCCAAGGUGGUGCGUCUCUUUCCUCCUCAGUGACGUCCUCCUCAGCCCGCAGAGUGAGACAGCUCCCACAGCUUCCCCCCAAGAGCAACACUGCAGAACAAGCCCUGGUAGCAGAGGAGCGUGUUCGUGAGCUCCAGAUGAGGGUUCAUUCCAACCGGGUGUCAGCUGCUUCCACCUCCAGCCAACAGGACCUGGACAGAGCUCUCAAGAACAAACGAGAGCUCUACAAGGAUCACAGGAGGAGCAGUGAAAACGUUUCCCAUAAGUCCUCAGACAGUGAUGUCAGCGACGUGUCAGCCAUUUCUCGAACCAGCAGUGCCUCUCGCAUCAGUAGCACCAGCUACAUGUCCAUCCAGUCAGAGAGACCCUGGGGACGCUUCAGCCGAGCCAUGCAUGUAACGGGCCACCACAUUAUAAAGAGCACCAGUGUGAGUGGUGAGAUCUACGGCAUGGAGCACGCCGAUGGCAGCCAAUCAGACACCGCGCUGGGGAGCCUUGGGAGCGGAAUCAAGAAGCGGCGCUCGAGCCUGAGCCAACGUGUUGUUGCCAUCCUACCAUCUAGACGUAGCCGGAGUACCUCGCAACUCAGCCAGACAGAAGCGGCGGGUAAGGCGGUGGACAGACAGAAAGAGGUGUCAACAGGUAAGAAGGGGGGCAAGGCCGGCAGCAGCAGCAUCCAGAGGAGCGUGGAGACUGGCAUGGCUGUGGAGUAUCCGCGCGGAGGGUCGGCCAUGAACCGGCAGGCCAGCAGAGAGUCCACUGAUGGCAGCAUGAACAGCUACAGCUCUGAGGGGAAUCUGAUCUUCUCAGGGAUGCGGUUGGGUGCCGACAGUCAGUUCAGUGACUUCCUGGAUGGUUUAGGCCCCGGUCAGCUGGUGGGCCGGCAAACACUGGCAACGCCUGCCAUGGGUGAUGUCCAGAUUGGUUUGAUGGAUAAGAAAGGCCAGCUGGAAGUGGAGGUGAUCAGGGCACGAGGCCUUACCCCCAAACCAGGCUCCAAAUCCCUCCCAGCUCCCUACGUGAAGGUGUACUUGCUGGAUAAUGGAACUUGUAAAGCCAAAAAGAAAACCAAGAUUGCACGAAAGACCCUGGAGCCUCUCUACCAGCAGCAACUGCUCUUUGAUGAGAGUCCACAGGGCAAGGUGCUCCAGGUGAUAGUGUGGGGCGACUACGGACGAUUGGACCACAAAUGUUUCAUGGGUGUAGCACAGAUCCUAUUGGAGGAGCUGGACCUUUCAAGCACGGUGAUUGGCUGGUUCAAACUGUUUCCGCCAUCUUCAUUGGUGGACCCUACAUUAGCUCCAUUAACGCGACUGGCAUCUCAGACGUCAUUAGACAGCUCAGGACCGCCGCCAGGCAUUCGGUCCUAGUGACCGGAUAGUGACUGCAACCCCCCCAAUAUCCCUUAAAUGACAAAAUAAUGGACCACAGCUACUGGACCACAGCUGAGCCGAGGGCGAGAUCCCACUCAAGAACAACAUGACGCCCUCGGUCAACCAGUGAAAAGCCAGACGGAGAGACAGGGAAUGAGAGAGCGAGAAAGAGAGAGAGGGAGAGACAGAACUAGCCAAUCAAAGCUUAGCUGGAGUCUGACAAUCACGUCUCACACCUUCCCUCUUCCUCCUCCGUACACCUUUUUGUUUCUAAAGCUUUGCUUUCUUUGUUUCCUCCAGACUCGCAGCAGUAGAGAUUCUGUCCAACAUUCUUCACUUCUCUCUACUGUUCCUUUCUUUUGUUUGUUUCUUCUCACUGUUUUUGGGCACUCGAGCCAAGGAGAGUCCUCCGCCCAGUAGCGCCCCAGCCAAUCAGAGUAGAGUGUACUGAAAGGUCCAAACAGUGUGUGGGAGUUAGUAAGUAGCAAACUGAUGCAGCUGUACUGUUACCAUAGUAACAGUGUUGUUUUAGAUAACACGCGGGGCGACGGUUUGGCACAGUUUGGUGACCCCUUCAGGUGAGGGGGGGCCUACACGUGCACAUUCUUAGCCUUGUUGUGAGAUAUGAUGAAAGCAAGCACAAGAAACGCUUGAGUCCUUUAUUCAGAGAAACAGAAAGUUUCACUCUUUGUCCAAACAAAGAAGAACGAAAAAAGAGGCCAAAUUAUCUAUUUGCUUUUCUUGUUUUUUAGUUUUGAAUCAUUUUUUAUGUCUUUGUUUUGCCUAGAGUUCAGAUUGGUACCAUAAGGUGCAGACUCCCUCUGUGUACGUGUAUGUUUGGUUUUCGAGCAAUGAUGUGCCAAAGGCCGACAACAAAGGUCAGGCCACAUUCGCCCGAACACCCCUCACCCAGUCCUCACCCCCACCCCUCUCUCCCCCUCCCUAAACCCUCACACUCCCCCUGUAGGAGGGAGCAGCAUGACUCGGGGAUGCCCCGCCCCCGGCCCCAAGCUGCAUGCACGUUUCUUUUGUUCUGUUUGUUUCGUUUUUUUGUUUUGUUCUCUAUACUUUUUUUGUAAAAUCGAAAACGAGACAAAUUAAACGAACAGUUCUCAAAAAACAAAAACAGAAAAAAGACUAGACUAUGUGUGUUAGUUCCACAUACUUUUAGGCCAGCUUGUAUGUUGCAUGUUCUUGUACAGUUUGCUCGUACUGAAUAUGAAUACAAACCGAGAAAAGCCAAGCCAUCCCCGCCCCCUCGCAGGAGCGGACCAAUGAGGGGUGGGGGGGUCAACUCCACCCAGGCCACGCCUACCACUCUGGGUCUAAAUAUCCAUAUUCGGAAGUCUCCAGAAAACAAAUGAUUCUGUUUGAGUUUUUCUUUGAACCCUUUGAACAACAGUGCUGUUCUGUAGUACUGAGCAUACUCGAGCCCCUGGUGUAUCUGAGGAUAUGAGUAGACGUCUAAACUGUAGUUUACGACAGCAGGGGCUAGAGACAGAGAUAGAGAAUGUGUGUAUAACAGCUAAAUGUAUAUGAAGUAUCAUUAUGAGUUUGACAGAAAUGAUAAAGAUAUAGAUAUAUGAAUAUAAAAAGAGUGUAUUUGACUGUACACCCAACACACACAGACAUGCACACCUUGUACAUACAAAUCAGGAUGAGCGGCUUGAGUUUAAGAUAUGAACAGACAAAAAAACGCUGACACACAAACAUUCCUGAUCUCGUUGAGGGGAGUUUGCGUCCUGUUGAUGCGCUCGAGCUGCUGAGCGGCUCCGAGCCACAAGGGAGCGCUAAUAGGCCUUUAUUUUUGUCCCAGUUAAAAGAAAACUAAGCAGAACCAAUUAGAACAAUGUUUACUUUCUCUUCCUCAAAUGCCCCUUCCCUGUUUAUUACUAUUGGUUUGGACUGGACUUCUAAAACCAACGAGAGAUGUGGUUUUGCAGACAUAUUUUGCGGAUGUUUCUGUUGAAACUUGGCGGUGUGGCCGACUGCCUUUUCCUUUGUCAGUAUUACUCCAGGGAUACUGAUUGUUUACAGCCCACGGCUCCCCACUCCCAAACCAUGAUUCUAGACGAAAGGCGAAGUAUUCACUGCAACAGUUCUUGUUUGUAUAACAGAUGUGGCUCUACUGAUGUGUAUGUUUUAUAUUCAAGAGUUCAUUUUUAUUAUUUACAAAUAAAAGACUGUGUGGAAGAA